AUGGCUGUGGAGGAGCUGGGCAUCACCCUGUCCAUGGUGGGCCUGGCAGGCACCAUCCUGAUCUGCGCCUUGCCCAUGUGGAAGGUUACAGCGUUCAUCGGCACCCACCUGGUGGUCAUGCAGGUGUUCUGGGAGGGCCUGUGGAUGACCUGUGUGUCUGAAACCACGGGACAGAUGCAGUGUAAAAUCUAUGAUGCUCUUCUAGACCUGUCUCCUGACCUCCAGGCGGCCAGGGGCCUCAUCGUCAUCAGCAUGGUACUGGGCUGCCUGGCAUUCCUCGUCUUCCUUCUGGGGGCUAGGUGUACCAACUGCCUGAGCCAUCCCAAGUUCAAAGCCAGCAUGGUGCAGGCCGCAGGGGUCACCUUCGCCCUGGCUGGGUUAAGCAUCAUAGUGGCUGUGUCCUGGACGGCCCAGUCAAUCAUUAGGGACUUCUAUAACCCGCGGGUCCCUGAGGUGCUGAAGAAAGAGAUGGGGGCGGCCAUCUAUGUGGGCUGGGUGACCUCUGGGUUCCUGUUCUGUGGAGGAGGGGUGUUGUGUACCAGCUGUCCUCCAGGGGGGAGAGAGGGCAGGCAUGGUUCCAGCAGUAGGUACACCCUGGCUAGGAUGCCCACUCACACUCACAGCAGCUACGCCAUAAAGAACUAUGUGUGA